GGGUCUCACUCUGUUGCCCAGGCCCCAGGCUGAAGUGCAAUGGCAUGACCUUGGCUCACUGCAACCUCUGCUUCCCUGGUUCAAGCAAUUUUCGUGUCUCAGCCACCCAAGUAGCUGGGAUUACAGGCAUGCGCCACCAUACGUGGCUACGUUUUGUAUUUUUAGUAGCGAUGGGGUUUUACCAUGUAGCCCGGGCUCGUCUGGAACUCCUGGCCUGGAGUGAUCCACCCGACUCAGCCUUCCAAAGUGCUGGCCCCUUGAAAAGGGCCACUGUGCUCGGCCCCUUUCAAGACUUUAAUAGAGGCACUAAUCUCUGCAAUUGUCCUAAGGAUGAAGUAUUGUUUUUUUGUGGGGGAAUUUAAAUCUUCCAUCCAACUCUUUCCUCUAUUAUGUCCUAUCUCCUCUGUGUUAUUUCCUAUCCUUUUCUUUAAUUUCUUUUAGGUUGAUUAUUUUUAAUUCAAUUUUACCUCUCUUAACUUUAUUGUUCUCUGAGAGAUUACACAUGCAUCCUUUACUUAUCAAUUUUUAAGAGAUUACACAUGCAUCCUUUGCUUAUCAAUGUUUAAUAUUCUGACUCUGAUAAAAUGCAUUCAAUGUAUUACAUUCAUUACUUUUCAGGUGACUUUUUACCUAAUACUAUACAAAUACAGUUAUUAAUACAUCAUAUGUUUUUACCUCUAGUUAAUUCUGACAGAUAAUUUGUACUUUGGGCUGAUGUGCCAGGCUAGUGGAAGUUUAAUGUCACCUGUCUACCUUUCAUUAUCAUCCUUUUUAAAAAACUAAGUGACCAAAAAUAGAAUAGGCAGAUGAUAAUGAUGAACUAUCAGUAAUUUUAUGCACUUCUACAUUUUAUAUGGAAAAGAGCAGGCUUAGAAAUGUGCCUCAGAGCUGUGAUCUGAAACCCUCAUUGGGUUCUAGUGAUGCCCUUAAGGUCAACACCUCUAAAAUGGCAAGAAGAUUAUAUGCUUGAGAUGUGACUAGUGAAAGGUGCUGCACACUGAGAGUUUGGAGACCUGGUCUAUCGGCAUUGGGCAAGUCGUUUGACCCCUCUGGAAUUCUCAUUCUUUCUCUACAAAAAUCAGACCUAGGUUUCUAAGGCUACUACUGGCUUCCAGAUUCUCUACUUAAAAAGAAAAAUAUUUUCUUGAGCCAUAUGUUUUGACCGAAUAGAAUAUUGCUACAACAAGAAUGGUGACACACACCUGUAGUCCCAGCUACUCAGGAGGUUGAAGUAAGAGGAUCACUUGAGCCCAGGAGUUGGAGUCCAGCUUGGGCAACAGAGCAAGACCCUAUCUUUAAAAUACUACUACUACUACUACUACUACUACUACUAGAAUAUUGGCCCAGAAAUGGACGGCAUGCUGUGGCGGGGCUGGUGCAAGAUGCCGCUGCCGGUUCAGGUGUUUAAUUUGCAGUAGGAGCUGGGCGCAGUGGCUCAUACCUGUAAUCCCAGCAUUUUGGGAGGCUGAGGAGGGCAGAUCACUUGAGGCCAGCAGUUGGAGAGCAGCCUGGCCAACAUGGUGAAACCCUGUCUCUACUAAAAAUACAAAAAUUAGCCGCGCAUGAUGGCGCAUGCUUGUAAUCCCAGCUACUCAGGAGGCUGAGGCAGGAGAAUCGCUUGAACCCGGGAGGCAGAGGUUGCAGUGAGCCGAGAUGGCGCCACUGCACCGCAGCCUGAGAGACAGAGGAAGACUCCACCUCAUUAAAAAAAAAAAAAAAAAAAAAAAAAAAAAUACACACACACACACUAAAAUUUGCUGUAGGUGUUAUCUCCCCCUGUCUGGCAUGGCCAGGAACUUAAUCUUGAGCACCAGCCUGUCGUUCUGUACGCUGCUCUAAGGAGGCGGCCGUGGGGCCCAUGCAAGUCGACAAGGACCCCCCGGAGGACCUGCAGAAUGCACCCGACAUCAACUACGUGGUGGACGCCACUCUGGAACUGGAGCAGCGCGUUGCCAGUUGCAGCGGCCUGAUGUGCACCGAGCGGCUGCAGUUUAUUGCUGGCUGACUACUGCCCCUUGCUGCGGGUGGAGGCCCUGAAUAUGGCGCUCUCCUUCCUGCAGAGAAUCUUUAACGUGGAUCUGUACGAAGAGGUCCACCGGAAGCUCUCGAAGAGGUCCACCUGAAGCUCUCGGAGGCCACCAGGAAUCUGCGGAACUCACCCGACGCCAUCCCCGAGAGUGGCGUGGAGCCCCCGCCCCUGGACACGGCCUGGGUGGAGGCCACUCAGAAAGAGGCCCUGCUUAAGCUGGAGAAGCCGGACGCAGACCUGAAGAACUACAAGCGCAACUCCAAGGAGCGCACCAGGCGCGGCCACGAUGAUUCAGCAAUGCCCUCAAGUGUCACUCACGGCCUGAGACUACUGCAGCAGCGCCAAGCACGCCAUCAACAUGUCCUCAACGUCUUCAAGGUCAGCGUCUACUUGCAAAAUUGGCCUUACGUGCUGAGCCGCGUCAGCAAGGCCGAGUCCACCCUGGAGAUUGCCUAGCAGCGAGGACAGAGGGGCAGCCAGCCAGGCGCAGGCGGUCCUCACCCAGCUCCAAUGCGCUGGAGGCUUGGCCGAGCUGGCCGCGAGGAAGUACAAGCAGGCUGCCAAAUGCUUCCUGCUGGCUUCGUUUGAUCACUGUGACGUCCCCGAGCUGCUGUCUCCUAGCAACGUGGCCGUCUGUGGGGGCCUGUGCGCCUUGGCCACCUUCGACAGGCGGAAGCUGCAGCGGCGCCUCAUCUCCAGCAGCCCCUUCAAGUUGUUCUUGGAGCUGGAGCCGCAGGUUGGAGACAUCGUCUUCUAAUUUCACGAGUCCAAGCGUGCCUCGUGUCUGAAGAUGCUGGAUGAUGUGGCCACCUUUAGCCUUGAGGCUAGGAGUUUGAGACCAGUUGGGUCAACAUGGCGAAAUCCCGUCUCUACUAAAAAAUACAAAAAUUAGCCGGGCGUGGUGGUGCCUGCCUGUAAUCCUAGCUAGUCGGGAGGCUGAGGGAAGAGAAUUGCCUGAGCCUGAGAGGCAGAGUUUGCAGUGAGCCGAGAUCGUGCCGCUGCACUCCAGCCUGGGAGACAAAGCGAGACUCUGUCUCCACAAAAAAAAAAAAAAAAAAAAAAAAAAAAAGGAGGAGAGGUAGGACAACCUGCUCUCGGACAUGUGUACCUCCCCCACCCCCACUCCCCCACCGCCCCACCGUCAGGACCCUGUACGCCCAGAUUCGCAACUGCGCCCUCAACUCGCACAGGGUGGCCGUGCCCUCAGCCCCGCGGUGGCAGCCCGGGAGGGUGAGCUGACGCAGCAAGUCCGGGAGGGGCUGAUCGUGCCCGCGUGGACUCGCACAGCAAGAUCCUGGACGCCCGGGAUGUGGAUCAGCGCAAGCACCACCUUCGAGAAGUCUCUGCGGAUCGCCGGGGAGUUUCAGCACCGCGCCAAAGGCCGGAUGCUGAGGGUAGCUGUGCUGCGCAACCAGAUCCACGUGAAAUCCCUUCCGGAGAAGGGAGCCCGGGGAGCGACUCCGGCCAACAGCCAGUCCCAGUGAACACCAGCUUCUGAGGGGUGGCCCUCAGCCUCCAGGACGUCUGCACACCCUCCUGCCCCAACGGACCUGUUCACCUCGAGGCAGCUCCGUGCCACCCGCGGCCCAGUGGAGGGCCUGGCUGUGUGCCCUCGCAUCCCGUGUGCCCUCGCACCCCGUGUGCCCUGUGCUGGGACCUGGGAGGCCGGCGGCUGCUAGCCAUCCUGGAAGGCGGGGCCUGUAGGGCUUGACCGCGUGGGUGUCUGUACCUAGGGAGCAGGCUGUGCAGCGCCUAGGAGGCACCACCUCCUGGAACCCUCCUAUUCCAAGGAGGAGGAAGAGAAGGAGGGAGAGGGGGAGGGGAGGCGAAGGGGGAAGAGGAGGAAGAGGAAGAGGCAGAAUAAGAAGAGGAGGAGAGAGAGAGGAGGAGAGGGAGGUUUAUUCUUUUUUUCUUUUUUCUUUUUUUCGAGAUGGAGUCUUGCUCUGUUGCCCAGGUUGGAGUGCAGUGUCGCGAUCUGGGCUCACUGGGCUCAAGCGAUCCUCCCACCUCAGCCUCCCGAGUAGCUGGAACUACAGGUGCACACCACCACGCCCAGCUAAUUUUUGUGUUGUUUUGCAGAGAUGGGGUUUUGCAAUGUUGCUCAGGCUAGUCUCAAACUCCUGGGCUCAAGGAAUCUGCUUGAGGCCUCCCAAAGUGCUGGGAUUACAGGAAUGAGCCACCAAGUGCUGGCCUUUUUUCUUUUCUUUCUUUCUUUUUCUUUUCUUUUCUUUUCUUUUCUUUUUUUUUUUUUUUUGGUCACCAAGUCUGGAACGCGGUGGUGCAAUCAUAGCACUGCAACCUUGAACUCCUGGGUUAAAGUUGUCUUCCUCAGGCUCCUGAGUAGCUAAGACUACAGGCAUGCACCACAAUACUUUGUUAAUUUUUUUUUUUUUGUAACGACCGGGGUCUCACUAUGUUACUCAGGCUGGUCUCCAACUCCUAGCCUCAAGCAAUCCUUCUGCCUUGGCCUCCCAAAGUGCUGAUAUUAUAGGCAUGAACCAUCACACCCGACCCUAAAAAUGUUUAUUCUCUUUUUGAGAUGUUUCUUCUUUCAGCAUGGCAUGAUUUGCAGUGACACUUUAGGUUUCAUUGCCACUCCAUUAUUAUUUGUUCACAUUUAUGAGGCCACACUCACCCCAGGCCGUUGUUUAUGAAAUCGGACAUGACUCAUUGAUCUGUGAGCAUCGAUUCCUAGAACAAUCAACAGACUGAAAGAAAUGCACCCAAACUUAAAUCACUGUAUGCAUUCACCAACGCAAAAGGAAAAUUCUCAUUUGUUUCACUUUUCAUUUCCAAAUAUGAUAUACCAGGAGAGGUCCCAGCUUGGCAGCAAUUAGAAAAAAACACUGUAAAAAAAUUGCAAAGCACCAGAGGACAUUUUGAACCUUGGGGGAGGACUAGGUUAGACUCCAUUGAUCAAAAUAACUGUGCUCAUUCUGGAUUAGGGCCCCACAGCCACCUGAUCAGAGCCUUUAUAUCUGCAACCAGCAGCAAUUUUUCCACUAAUGAGCCAACACGGUGCAACUUUGAGGUUCUGCGAACCCAAUCGUGAUUUUUUUGUUCACCCAUAAGUGAAAGCCCUGGAUAAUAUAUCAUGAGGAUCUACUUUAUUUUGCCUAUUGGUGGUUAUUUUGGUGAUAGGGUCAAGGAACAGAAUUUUAAAGUGAAAAGACAGUUCCAUUGACUAUUAUAUAUUGACACCUUCUGUGUGCAACGACCAACAUGCUUUAGAAAGAGUCUCUAUCUGCAAGGGGUGUACCUUUCCAGGAAGGGGAACACAACCAUCACAAAACUCAUUUAGGCACAGUCCCAGACAUUAGUCUUUAACCAUGGGGGACUGGAACUUAUUGGGUGGCAUCCUAGAGGAAGUUCACUCCCACUCAACCAUAGUGGGGAAAAUCUGGCUGACCAUCCUCUUCAUCUUCCGAAUGCUGGUACUUCGUGUGGCUGCUGAGGAUGUCUGGGAUGAUGAACAGUCAGCAUUUGCCUGCAACACCCGGCAGCCAGGUUGCAACAAUAUCUGUUAUGAUGAUGCAUUCCCUAUCUCUUUGAUAAGGUUCUGGGUUUUACAGAUCAUCUUUGUGUCUUCUCCUUCUUUGGUCUAUAUGGGCCAUGCACUUUAUAGGCUCAGGGCCUUUGAGAAAGAGAGGCAGAGGAAAAAGUCACACCUUAGAGCCCAGAUGGAGAAUCCAGAGCUUGACUUGGAGGAGCAGCAAAGAAUAGAUAGGGAACUGAGGAGGUUAGAGGAGCAGAAGAGGAUCCAUAAAGUCCCUCUGAAAGGAUGUCUGCUGCGUACUUAUGUCUUACACAUCUUGACCAGAUCUGUGCUGGAAGUAGGAUUCAUGAUAGGCCAAUAUAUUCUCUAUGGGUUUCAAAUGCACCCCCUUUACAAAUGCACUCAACCUCCUUGCCCCAAUGCAGUGGAUUGCUUUGUAUCCAGGCCCACUGAGAAGACAAUUUUCAUGCUUUUUAUGCACAGCAUUGCAGCCAUUUCCUUGUUACUCAAUAUACUGGAAAUAUUUCAUCUGGGCAUCAGAAAAAUUAUGAGGACACUUUAUAAGAAAUCCAGCAGUGAGGGCAUUGAGGAUGAAACAGGCCCUCCAUUCCAUUUGAAGAAAUAUUCGGUGGCCCAGCAGUGUAUGAUUUGCUCUUCCUUGCCUGAAAGAAUCUCUCCACUUCAAGCUAACAAUCAACAGCAAGUCAUUCGAGUUACUGUGCCAAAGUCUAAAACCAUGUGGCAAAUCUCACAGCCAAGGCAACUUGAAGUAGACCCUUCCAAUGGGAAAAAGGACUGGUCUGAGAAGGAUCAGCAUAGUGGACAGCUCCAUGUUCACAGCCCAUGUCCCUGGGCUGGCAGUGCUGGUAAUCAGCACCUGGGACAGCAAUCAGACCAUUCCUCAUUUGGCCUGCAGAAUACAAUGUCUCAGUCCUGGCUAGGUACAACUAUGGCUCCUAGAAACUGUCCAUCCUAUGCAAUAGGAACCUGGGAGCAGUCCCAGGACCCAGAACCCUCAGGUGAGCCUCUCACAGAUCUUCAUAGUCACUGCAGAGACAGUGAAGGCAGCAUGAGAGAGAGUGGGGUCUGGAUAGACAGAUCUCGCCCAGGCAGUCGCAAGGCCAGCUUUCUGUCCAGAUUGUUGUCUGAAAAGCAACAUCUGCACAGUGACUCAGGAAGCUCUGGUUCUCGGAAUAGCUCCUGCUUGGAUUUGCCUCACUGGGAAAACAGCCCCUCACCUCUGCCUUCAGUCACUGGGCACAGAACAUCAAUGAACAUGCUUCUAGAACUUUCAUCUAUUAUGAAAAAAUAAUGCAUCAGGAGCAACUGGUACCUGCAGGAGGAGAGUUGUGCCUUUGUCAGCUCAAACUGCAGGAAGCGCUUUGGGACCCACACCCUCUGCAGACACACACCAGGCGAAGGGCCCUGUUCAGGGUGCUCCCAGCCUGGGCUCACUUCCACAGGAGACCCUUCCCUUAUGGGGGCUGGGGACAGAUUCUCACCCUGCCUGGGCACAUUGCUUGAGGGAGGUCUGAUGCUCGGGCAGGGAGGAGCUGUACACUGUCAGAGGAGAUCUAGGGACAAGAGCGGCUCUGCCUCAAGGAGGAGGAUUGGUAUAUGUCACCUCUUCCCCAGUCCCAGCACAGCCUGGUGGGAUAUUUUGCAAGAGAGUACAGCAGCUCUGCAGUGGCAGCAACAGUAGCAGUUGGCCCCUUAAACAUGGGUGCAGAGCAGGACGGGAGCUUUGUGCUCAGCCUGAGGUCAGAUGUGCUUCCUGUCUAUAAAGGAGAGGUUGACAAGGAACUUUUCAGGCUUUUCCUCUCACCAGUUCAUUUCUUGAGGAUGAACCAGUUAGAUUUUUAAUUCAUCAAUGGCAUGGAAAUAAAGUAUUGAUUAAAACACUGGC